AAGAUGGCUUUCAAGCCGAAGAUGGAGGCAGGCUGAUUCUUCAGGCUUGGGACCUAACUCAGUGCUCCGGAGCUGUAGCCAUCAUGAAUGACACAGUAACCCUUCGGACCAGGAAGUUCAUGACCAACCGCCUGCUUCAGAGGAAACAGGUGGUCAUUGGUGUCCUUCAUCCUGGGAAGGCAACAGUACUAAAGACAGAAAUUCGGGAAAAGCUGUCCAGAAUGUACAAAACCACACCAGAUGUCAUCUUUGUAUUUGGAUACAGAACCCACUUCGGUGGUGGCAAGACCACUGGCUUUGGCAUGAGCUAUGAUUCUUUAGAUUAUGCUAAGAAGAAUGAGCCUAAACACGGACUCGCAAGACAUGGCUUUUAUGAGAAGAAAAAGACCUCCCGGAAACAGCGAAAGGAACGUAAGAACAGAAUAAAGAAGGUCAAGGGCACAACGAAGGCCAAUGAUGGUGCUGGCAAAAAGCAAAAGGAGUAGAUCUGCGGUGACUCGAUGUUUUGCUGUGAUGUGCAGAUUUCUGAGAGGACAAAUAAACUAAAAAUAA